ACCCAGGCUUUAAAAGUCGAACUGUAAACAUUGAAGAGUGUCGCUGUUUAGGUUAGGGGCACCCAAGAGCGGUGACAACGAUUCAGUCUGAACACGUGAACUGCACCACACACCGGAGAGUACAAAAGCGAGAUCCACUCAACAUUACUCGAGUGGCGAACAAAAGGAGACUGCUAUUUCCAGGUGGAGUCUUAACAGCUGGUUUUUUUUUUGUUCUGGAGUCCUGCACAUUGCACAGAAGGAGUCCUUCUCAACAGUAGAGUGAUUUCGAGGAGGUGCAUUCUUGCGAAGAGUUGCUCGGACUAAUCGAAUUGGGAUCUGCCCCGAACGUCGGCCCGUUUCCCACCAUGAAGAAAAGUAGGAGUGUUCUGACGGUGUCUCCGGAUGACGGGAAUAAAGACCCUCCUGACUGUGGCCUGAGCAAAUCCUUCACCUCUUCAGCCAACACCCUGGGUGUGGAUCUCCGGAGAGGCAGGAGACGGUACUCUGGCAACCUGCAGCUGCCGCCCCUGUCCUGGAGACAGGCAGAGAGAGCGAGGACCCCAGAAGAAGAGUUCAUCCCAAGACCUACCACCCUCCCCUUCAUCAUCCCCCCUCGGAUUGACAUCACUCCAGUGGAUCCUGAGUGCUUUGAUGUUGAGAAUGGCCAUGGCCCUUCGCCCAGUCGCAGUCCUCUGGACCCCCAGGCCAGCCCAGGCUCAGGGCUCAUCCUGCACACCAACUUCCCCGGGCACAACCAGCGCAGGGAGUCUUUCCUGUACCGCUCUGACAGUGACUAUGACUUAUCCCCCAAAUCCAUGUCGAGGAAUUCUUCAAUUGCAAGUGAACUACAUGGAGACGACCUGAUAGUAACACCUUUUGCUCAGGUACUGGCAAGCCUAAGAAGUGUAAGAAACAACUUCACAGCUCUAACAAAUGUACAUGGCGCUCCAAACAAGAGAUCCCCGGUAACAAGCCAGCCUCCCAUCACCAGAGUCAGCCUGCCAGAAGAAUCUUAUCAAAAACUAGCUAUGGAAACCAUGGAGGAAUUGGACUGGUGUUUAGACCAGCUUGAAGCAAUACAGACUUAUCGCUCCGUCAGCGAGAUGGCAUCCAAUAAGUUCAAGAGAAUGCUGAACCGGGAGCUGACACACAUGUCGGAGACGAGCCGGUCAGGAAACCAGGUGUCUGAAUUCAUUUCAAACACCUUCUUAGACAAACAGAAUGAUAUGGAGAUCCCAUCCCCGACAUCAAAGGCCAGAGACAAGAAGAAAAAGGAGCAGCAACUCAUGACACAAAUCAGCGGGGUGAAGAAACUAACUCACGGCUCCAGCUUGACCAACUGCAGCAUCUCAAGAUUCGGAGUCAAAACAGACAAGGAGGACCUGCUGUCCAAGGAGCUGGAAGACCUGAAUAAGUGGGGCCUUAACAUUUUCAAAGUGUCUGAAUAUUCACACAGCAGACCUCUCACAUGCAUAAUGUAUGCCAUUUUCCAGGAGAGAGACUUGCUGAAGACCUUCAAGAUCCCUACAGACACAUUUGUGUCCUACAUGAUGACGUUAGAAGACCACUACCAUUCAGAUGCAGCUUACCAUAACAGCCUGCAUGCUGCCGAUGUCGCCCAGUCAACACACAUCCUGCUGUCAACGCCAGCGUUAGAUGCGGUCUUCACAGAUCUUGAGAUCCUGGCUGCGAUCUUUGCUGCUGCGAUUCAUGACGUUGAUCACCCUGGUGUCUCCAAUCAGUUCCUAAUUAACACCAACUCAGAGUUGGCACUGAUGUACAAUGACGAAUCAGUGUUAGAAAACCACCAUCUUGCCGUGGGCUUCAAGCUGCUGCAGGAAGAGCACUGCGACAUCUUCCAGAACCUCAGCAAGAAGCAGCGGCAGUCUCUGAGAAAAAUGGUCAUUGAUAUGGUUUUGGCGACCGACAUGUCCAAACACAUGAGCUUACUGGCGGAUUUGAAAACCAUGGUGGAGACCAAGAAAGUGACAAGUUCAGGGGUUCUUCUACUAGACAAUUACACAGACAGAAUACAGGUUCUUCGCAACAUGGUGCAUUGUGCAGACCUGAGCAAUCCCACCAAGUCUCUGGAGCUGUACAGGCAGUGGACAGACAGAAUCAUGGAUGAAUUCUUCCACCAGGGAGACAGAGAGAGGGAGAGGGGCAUGGAGAUCAGCCCCAUGUGUGAUAAACACACGGCCUCCGUCGAAAAGUCACAGGUCGGAUUCAUUGACUACAUUGUCCAUCCUCUGUGGGAGACAUGGGCUGAUCUAGUCCACCCGGACGCACAAGACAUCCUGGACACGUUAGAGGACAAUAGGAACUGGUAUCAGAGCAUGAUCCCUCAGAGCCCGUCCCCUCCUUUUUAUGAGCAGGGCCAAGACAAUCACAGCACCACGGAGAAGUUCCAGUUCGAACUCACGCUGGAGGAGGAGGAUGAUUCGGAGGGGACCGAGCGAGAGAACAGUCAGGGGGAGGACAGUACGAGUGAAGCAAUCUCCCCCUCCGAGAACGAGGACAUGGAGGAUCAGAUAGAAGCGACGCACAUCCAGAUCAUCACACAGGACGCAUCGCCCGUGGACACAUAAUGACAGCUGGUGGCCCAUUUAAGGGGCUGUUGUUGUUUUCACAGGUUGUUUAAAAGGAGUAAUCCUGCAAUCCAGGUUGUAAGGCCUGGGGCUAACUUUGGCAAGAGGAGGCUUCCUUGUACAUGCGUUUGCAGUCAGAGGUUAAGCAGGGAAGGGAAGAGAUGAAGGAGCUCUCAGGAAUUUUCUUCAGAAAAAUGGACCUGAUUAUCAAGCAAUGUUUGUUUUUUUUGUUUUGUUUUGUUUUUAAGCAAUUUUGGUAAUGAAGGACAGGGGAGCCAAGUAGAAAUGUUUACUGGACCAGCAUGGAAUUGCUGACACUACUGAGAGAUUUUGUACUAAAGGACAUUUGUUUUUGUAAUGGAAUGUCAACAGGUAGGAGUGUGAACUACUGACAUACAGGUAUUUGUAAAGAAAAUAGUUUACUUUUCUGUAACAUCUGUCCUAGGACUUGUGUGCCUUUUUUUACAAAUUUGUCUUUUAAAUUUUUAUUUAUUUAUUGUUAAAACACAAUUUUAGUGUAAGUGAAAUGUUUUUGUAAAAACAAACAAAACAAAAAAAGUUCAAGAAGAGAAUCAAAUUAGUUCUCAAAUUAAGAGAUAAUGCAAAGUCUUCCUUCUUUCUCACAUUGGGCAAUAUCUGAGCAUUGAUCAACACAGACUUUCCACAAAUUACCAUUUAUUCCCAUUAAAUAGACUGAUGCUGGAGAGUGUAUUAGUGUAUAUUAAAAACCUGCUUAGAAUAAAGAUGUUAAUAUAUAUAUAUAUAUAUAUAUAUAUAUAUAUAUAUAUAUAUAUAAAAGCAGGUUUUUAGUAUACACUAAUACACUGUCCAGCAUCAGUCUUGUACACGACACACUCCACUGUAUAUUAAACUGCAACUGAUAAUUCUACCAUAUAAGAGACAUUACUACAUCUGUUUGCCAUUUUAAGCAUAAUGUUUUAUUGUACAUAUUUUAAAAUCAAGGCAAAAUGUCAAUAUUAAACCUGUAGUUGCACAUGUGGUGUUCUGGUUAGAGCCGAGGACUAAAAGUCCUGGGUUUAGCCAGUGACAGCCCUGUGCCAUUCAGAUUGUGUGGACCCAACUGAAACUGACCCUUAACAAAAAACACAAAAAGUAUUUGAUAUACACAGCUAUGGCCAAAAAAUUUGCAUCACCUACAAUUUGGGGAUUGAGACAAUUAUAAAUAAAACAAACAAAAAAAACCCACAAUUUAAAUAAUAAUGAUAAAAAAAACAUACCACUACAUAAAUAUGACUUAGAUAUUUUAUUUAACAUCAUGUAAUGUUCAUUUUUUUUUUUUUUUUAAGUAUAUGGAAAACUACCAAGCGGUGUGUAAUUCUAUAGGGUGAUGCAAAGCUUUUGGCCAUAUCUGUAUACUAAAGUACUGUAUUUCAAGAUCAUACUGAGAUUGGUGUGUGGAAACCUGGAUUAGUUUAUACACAGAAUAUGUAACAAAUUUAUUCCCCCUUUGGGUCAAGCUCAUAAUUUUAAUUCCAGUGAUGGGGCAUUGUGAGGGUUUUAUUCCAAAACACUAUCUAGUAUUUUAUGUUCUGUUACACAAAAAAAAAAAAAAGAAAAAGCUGGUUCAUCUACAUCUGUCAAAAAUGUAUUGCUAUUGAAAUGGCAUGUGGUGGCAUUUUCACAGGCAGUUGGAAUGAUCUGACCAGCCUGGGCAGGAACGGCAAUAUCAGAAACAAAUGUGGAUUUCUACAUAUUGAAAUCAUCAUACUGCGGUCUGUUAUUUUAUCCUUCAGCUGUGUUUGAAGUAUGUUUGAGCUUGGGAGCGGACACCUCUUAGUUGUGCCAUCCUUUUGUUUAGCCCCGCAACCCAAGCUCGUGUUUGUCCAUUGCUGUUUAUAACAGUGUAUUUAUUACUUUGUGUAAAUAAUAUUAUGCUAAUUGUAAAUUAAUUUGUAUUUAUAUGCAUUAACAUUGCCUGGAAGUUGGUCGUGUUAACAUAUAGAAGCCUCUGGAGGAGAGUCGCCUUUUUUCAGGUUUUUUUUUUUUUUUUUUUUUUAAACGCACAAUAUUAAGGAGCCUGAACAGUAACUAAAGAGACAUACGCAACCCAAGAUUUUUUUUCAAAUGAAAGUGAAAACUGACUGAAAUCAAGUUUAAUGUGUAUUUGGACAUUGUAUUAGACCUAUUUAAUGCUUGUAGUAUCUUAACUCAAAUUAUACAGCAUUUUGAAUGCAGAUUGCUGAUAAUGCUGACAAACGUUCAAGAAAGAAAAAAAAAAGUCUGCGUUGAACACUAUGUUAAUAAGAUUAAAAGGAGAUAUUGAUGGCAUGUUACAAUUUCUCUAAACACCAAAUGUGAAUUGAUAUGGAAUACAAAAUGUGAUCUUAUGUAAUUAUUGUGCUAAUGUCAACUAUUCUCUGACCAAACUUGUUAGCAGUUUUGAAAUUCUAAUUGUCAGUAUAACAUUGUAAUCUAUGUUAAAGCUUCUGGUCCAAUUUGUGUCCAAAUGGUUAGCCAAGAUAGCACUAUUAUCUGCAUGACCAAUGGGUUUGUAUGUCUGUUGAACACUGUGUUGUUCCAGGUGGUAUUGUAAUGUUUUUCCAACGUUUCACACAAUGUAUGGUAUAGUAUUGUAUAUUGUGUUAAAAAAAUCUUCAAAUACUUUUCUAUGACGUGAUUAAAUGAAAGCAUGAA